UCCGUAGCGAGCGCCCCGGCCUGGAGCUGGGAUGUGAGGGCAGUGGGUUCCUUGCUCCCCGCGGCGACGGCUGUGGGCUGAGGCGAGGGCGGCGAGGGGCCCAGCGCACGAGGCCGUCGGGCGCCGUGGGUGGUCAGCUGUGUCGGCCGCGGGAUGAGGAAGCGGACCGAGCCCAUCAGCUUGGAGCAUGAACACUGCGUUGCCUCGGGCUCGCCCUCCUCCGGCUCGGCCGCCGCGGCGCUGGACGCCGACUGCCGUCUGAAACAGAAUCUGCGCCUGGCGGGCAAGGGGCCGGCUGAGCCGCCGUGCUGCGCCUCGGACGCGGGCAUGAAGCGGGCGCUGGGCAGGCGAAAGGGACUGUGGUUCCGGCUGAGGAAGAUACUUCUCUGUGUUUUGGGGUUCUACAUUGCCAUUCCAUUUCUUGUCAAACUAUGUCCUGGGAUACAGGCCAAACUGAUUUUCUUGAAUUUUGUGAGGGUUCCCUAUUUUAUUGACCUGAAAAAACCACAGGAUCAAGGUUUAAAUCACACCUGCAAUUACUACCUCCAGCCAGAGGAAGACGUAACGAUUGGAGUCUGGCAUACCAUUCCUGCUGUCUGGUGGAAGAAUGCCCAAGGGAAGGACCAGAUGUGGUAUGAGGAUGCUUUGGCUUCCAGCCACCCCAUCAUUCUGUACCUGCACGGGAAUGCAGGUACCAGAGGAGGAGACCACCGAGUGGAGCUCUAUAAGGUGCUGAGUUCCCUUGGUUACCACGUGGUCACCUUUGACUAUAGAGGUUGGGGCGAUUCAGUGGGAACGCCGUCCGAGCGGGGCAUGACGUAUGAUGCACUCCACGUCUUUGACUGGAUCAAAGCUAGAAGUGGUGACAACCCCGUGUAUAUUUGGGGUCAUUCCCUGGGUACUGGAGUGGCAACAAAUCUGGUGCGGCGUCUCUGUGAGCGAGAGACACCUCCAGAUGCCCUUAUAUUGGAAUCUCCAUUUACUAAUAUCCGAGAAGAAGCAAAGAGCCAUCCAUUUUCAGUGAUAUAUCGGUAUUUCCCUGGAUUUGACUGGUUCUUUCUUGAUCCCAUUACAAGCAGUGGAAUUAAAUUUGCAAAUGAUGAAAAUGUGAAGCACAUCUCCUGCCCCCUGCUCAUCCUGCACGCUGAGGACGACCCGGUCGUGCCCUUCCAGCUCGGCAGGAAGCUCUACAAUAUUGCUGCACCAUCUCGAAGCUUCCGAGACUUCAAAGUUCAGUUUAUCCCCUUCCACUCAGACCUUGGCUACAGACACAAGUACAUCUACAAGAGCCCUGAGCUUCCUCGGAUACUGAGGGAAUUUCUGGGGAAGCUGGAACCAGAGCGCCAGCAUUGAGACUGGCCUGUGAAGGGAGCAUGAAGACUUGAAGACCUGCCCUCCUCCCCUUUUCCUCUGGUCAGCAGCCCAGCACCCUAGGGUUCCUGAAGUACCCACAGGAGCCCAGGAGUCCAGCACACUUGGAGAGAGGACUGAGAUGCAGCAGGCAGGGACGGAAGACACGCACAUCUGUGGUACAGUGUGGUGCAGGUGGCUGGAGCCUGGAUCUGUGGUGGGCAUGUGGCCCCGCUUCCUCCAGCUUCCACUCCCCGAGUUCUUGUUGGGAAGAUUUUGUGACAGCAGUGGUGUCACCUGGUUGAUCCCAUACUUCCUGAGCUGAGCACAGGAGCCUGGGAGGGGGUGUGGGGUCUCAGGACAACUCUGGGAUUUCUGGCGACACUGCUGAGAAUGUGGAAAGACUGUUCUUUCUGCCUUCUCGGCACAUGCAGAAUCUAGUGUAAUGGUUCCAUCGUCCCUUUGGCUCAUGUACCUGCUUGCCUUCCUCGGCUGUUUCUGCCUCCUCUGGGUGCCCGUUUACCCACACAGGGAAGGUUCCCAGAUAUGCACUCCUUCCUAUUCUGUCCACCCAUCUGUCUAACCUGGCCGUAGACUGAGCAUUUAUUUAAGAAUAAAAUUGUGGUGGUGGUC